AGCUUCUUCGCCCUUAACCAAUUUUAUUUAAUUAUAGGAUUCCGUAAACAAUGGGCCGCUUAAGGAAGAGAUUUAAUGAGAAAGGCCGUCAGAGCGGCAUCCAAAAGAUGCUUAACCUGAAAAAGGCACGAUUGCAUCGCUCUGUACGAGAACAAGACGAUGCCUCUCCAGAACACCCAAAACCCAUCCUUGAGGAGCCUCAAACUACUGAUUCCAACGUGGACGUAAUAACGGAUGAAGAUAAAAAGGAAAAAGAGGAGAGGAGACGCCAAUUACAAGACCAAUUGAUGAAAGAAAAUGAAGGCACCACUAUGUCUAGUAAAAAGAAAAAGCGGUUGGACAAAUAUAUCGAAAAUAAAUUAAAGAAAGAGACCUCUGCAGCUUUAAUGGCGAAAAUUGCCGAGGAACGCGUUGACACAUCUCUACUCUAUAGUACCAAGGACCUAGGAAAGCCAAGGACUGCUAAGGAACGAUUACAGAGAUCCUUGUUGGAAGAGAAGAAGGGAUUACCAAUCUCUGAUCCUUCUAGCCGUCUAUAUACGUCCGUCGAAGUGAACGAGUCUCAGCCAUCAACGUCCGAUACGAGCAUAGCUAGCACCCCUACAAACAAAAGUGCCCCCGGUUCUGGUUUAAGAUUCGGAUUCUCCAGCACUUCUGCUCCCUCUGGGGCUGUCACUGCUGCUCCUUUGAAAGUUCUGCCUCCCAAACGGAAGAGAUCAUUUCGAUGGGGGAAGAACGAAGAUUUUGAUGAUGCUGAUCAUGACUCUGAUGAACAGGAUUAUUUAAGCACAGAUAGUGAAGAAGAAGACGAAGCUGAUACAGGAUCUGAUGAUCAAUCACUCUCAGAAGACAGCCUUAUUGAAAACGACAAAGAGGAAGCUGCGUCUGACAAGAACGUUAACGGUCUUUCAAAAGAAGUCAUUGAGGCAAAACCAGUGACUGAGGAAAAACCUGAAGCUGUGCAGCAUCCCGAUCUUCAUAGUGAAGAAUUUGACCUAAAUUCGUCAGAAGAAGAAGCUAGUGCUGAUGAAAGUGAUGAAGCUAACGAGAACGAUGUUUCUGAAAGAGCUAACCGUUUCAAGUCUUGGGCAACACAACAACUUCUUCCUGGUGACUCAUUCGAGCAUGAAGAGCAAGAAUCUGUUAUUUCAGCUCAAAACGACCAGAUCCGUGAGCGCAUAAGGAAUCCGAGAAAACUCAAAAGAACUGAAGAAGAUCCUGAUGUUUUACCUGUUGGUGUUGACGAAGUGAAAAAUCGAAAGACAACGUACAAAAUCGUAAAUCGUCCUCCCGAGAUUCAAGAAUCCAGACUUGCACUUCCUAUAGUUGCAGAAGAACAAAGUAUUAUGGAACAUGUGUUUGCUGAUGAUGUGGUUAUAGUCUGCGGUGCUACCGGAAGUGGUAAGACGACUCAAGUUCCUCAAUUUUUAUUUGAAGCUGGAUUCGGUUCUCCUGAAUCAGAUACCCCUGGUAUGAUUGCAGUAACACAGCCUCGUCGUGUAGCUGCCGUUAGUAUUGCUAAGAGGGUUGCCGAAGAACUCACAGGCUUUUCCUCUAAAGUUAGUCAUCAAAUUCGGUUUGACAGUACUGUUAAUCCCGAAACAGCUAUUAAAUUUAUGACUGAUGGUGUUUUGAUUCGUGAAUUAUCCUCUGAUUUUUUGCUGAGUUCGUAUUCGGCCAUCAUCGUUGACGAGGCUCAUGAACGUAGUGUAAAUACCGAUAUCCUGCUUGGUCUUCUAAGCCGUAUCGUUCGUCUGCGAAGAGAAAUGAGUGAGAAUGAUCCAAAGAUAAAACCUCUUAAAUUGUUGAUCAUGUCUGCCACACUUCGUGUUUCUGAUUUUGCAGAAAACAAACAGCUUUUUGCUCAAUCUCCCCCAAUUUUGAAGAUUGAUGCUAGACAAUAUCCUGUCUCCAUCCAUUUCAACAGAACAACGAAGCCAAAUUAUAUAGAAGAUGCAUAUGACAAAGUGUGUAAAAUCCAUAAUCGAUUACCGGCUGGUGCAAUUUUGGUAUUUUUAACAGGUCAGCAAGAAGUGGAGCAAUUAUGUUCAAUGCUCCGAAAACGGUUUAUUCGAUCUUAUAAGCCUCAACGUAAACAGAAUGGACGUGUUGCUGUUUCUAGGAAAGAAAUUUCGUUAGAAAAUGAAGAUAUUCAAUCUGACAAUGAAGACGAAGAGAAAAAUAUCUCGCCAAAAUUAGACGCUAUUGAACUUGACAAAGAAUCUGAGCCGAUGCAUGUUUUGCCCCUUUACUCUCUAUUGACUACUGAGAAUCAAUUAAAGGUUUUCGAAAAACCACCGGAGGGUCAUAGAAUGUGUAUUGUUGCUACCAACAUCGCAGAAACCUCUAUCACUAUUCCGAAUGUACGAUAUGUAGUGGACUGUGGAAAAGCAAAAGAACGCGUUUAUAAUGAACAUACCUCAGUUCAAAAGUUCGAAGUUAGCUGGAUCAGCAAAGCAAACGCGGAUCAACGUGCUGGUCGUGCAGGCCGUACUGGACCAGGUCACUGCUAUCGACUCUACUCUUCUGCCGUAUACGAUAGAGAAUUUAGUCAACAUUCUUUGCCAGAGAUUUUACGCGUACCAGUUGAAAGUAUUGUGUUGCAAAUGAAAAGUAUGAACAUUGAUAAUGUUGCGAAUUUUCCUUAUCCUACUGCACCUAGUCGUGCAAGCCUUCAAAAAGCGUUGCAAUUACUAUCAGUACUAGGCGCUAUUGACCGUGAAGGCCAGCUCACAAAAUUAGGAGAACAAAUGUCGUUGUUUCCGCUUUCUCCAAGAUUUUCCAAAAUGCUUAUAAUUGGUCAGCAACAUGGGUGUCUUCCUUACGUUAUUGCAUUGGUUGCAGCGCUUUCUAUUAAUCAGUUGUUUGUGUCCAAGCAAUCACUUUUAUAUGACGCUAAUAGAAAAGAAUCAGUGUCGGAAGAAACUGAAAUUAUUGAAAACGAAGACUUGAAGCAACGUGAGGAACAUAAAAAUAGGUUACGUGGAUUUUAUAACGCUCUUUUUAAAUUUCAAGCUAUAGAUACAGAUUCUCCUGCCCUGAGGUACCUAAGUGCAGUAUGUGCUUAUGACUAUGCAGCCGAUAAAAUUAGGUUUUGCAAAGAAAAUUAUCUUCUUUUUAAGGCUUUAGAAGAAGUAUUUAACCUCAGAAAACAGUUAAUUAACCUUUUAAAGAGGUAUCUUUCGAGUACCAAUAAUGAUUUCACUAAGAUUCAACUGAAGCCUCCGUCUGAUAUACAAAUCAAGGCAUUACGACAGUUCAUUGCUUCUUCCUACAUUGACCAGAUUGCGUCCUACGACCAAGAAAAGGGAGGGUAUGUCACAUUAUUUCCAUGUGGAGCUGAAACGGCACGAUUUGUUCCAGACACCUCUCCUAACUUCCAGCCUCAGUAUGCUGUGUAUCAACGUCUUCACGAAAGCUCUACUGGACGUGUGUAUAUGGAACCUUUGACAUCGGUUACUGGACAACAAUUGGCCCGACUGGCAAAAAAUUCUAGCUUAAUAUCUUACUCAAAACCUUUGUCUUAUCCUCCUAUCCGCUACAUUGACGAUGGUGUUAAACGGGAGUGUUAUGUUAUACCAAUUUUGAGUUCACAUACGGGUUCAGGUGGAGCUUCAUGGAAUCUUCCUGCUGAAAAAGUUUUACAAAAGCGUACUAAUGGAAGAUGGGAAACAGUUCAAUAAAUCAACAACUCUGUUAUAUUAAUCUUUUGAAGAACGAGUGAAAAGUUGACUAGUCCCGUGAGUGCUUAAUUAUACUUACGGAAACAAAAACUAGUAGAAUUUUGGAAUGGUUAGGUAGGUAUUUUGGGAUAAUUAAUAAUACGGA